UCCAGCACAAAGGAAACAAUACUCAAGCAUUUCAAAGAUUGGUUUUUUCACGUAUACAAAGAUAUAAAGAUUAUUCGACUUUACUUUGGGAAAAAUAUACCAUCAAACAUAGAGAUGAUUGUUCUGGUAAUUGAUGCCUUGGAACAAAUUAAAGAUUCUACAUUUUAUUUUCACAAAAUGAAAUUUCCAAUCAAAUGUAAACUGUGGAAAUUCCCUUCUGAAGAAGGCGCACUGGUCAACUUUCAUGAGAACAGAGAAGAAUAUUUUGGCAAAAAAUAUUAUGCGCACAAAGAGUCUCUAAAAAGUAUUGAACAUAGUUUGAAAAAAAUAUCUAAGAAGCUCUUUGAAAAGCAUUCUAAUUUGGAAAUUGUCUCUGUAUCUGGAUUUCGGUCAGAAAGAGAAGGGACAAGAAUUACUCCUGAGUUAUGUAUUGUGAUGUAUUGUUCCUGCAAAUCAGUCGUUCCUUUAAAUGAAGCUGAAUUUCCAAAAUGUAUCAAUGGAAUAAAAACAGAUGUACGUGAAGGAUUCUUUUAUCUUUUUCCAAAUGAUGGAUUCUUUAAAAGUUCCUCUGAAGAACUUAAUCCAUUGAGAAUUGGUGCCAGCAUAGGAAGAAAAGGAGAUUACAAGGAAGGUACCCUUGGUGGGUUUGUUACCUUAAGAACAGGAGAGUUGGGCUUAAUAACUUGUGCACAUGUCUUCUUCGAUUUUGCAAAAAGCAACUCUCCGAAUCUGAGACAACCAUUCGAGAUAGUACAGCCUUCCAGUAAUUGUGCCCCAAAUCCAAAUGUUUGUGGAGUUCACCAUGCAUCAGUUUUCCCAAAUAAUUAUUACAAAGAUGUUUCAGUUGAUGCAACGGUCGUAAAGCUUGAGUGCCGUAUGCCUAAUAGAGGAUUAUUUUCAAUACAGAGAGUUUCAGAAUUGACAGAAUGUGGUUUCAGCUUAGAAAGACUUCCAGAAUAUUCAAGUGGCGCUACUCGCGACUACAAGUCUGAUCAAGAGUCGCGUAAUAAUGCAUGUAUCAAAUGCGGCGCUAAAAGUGGAUUAACAAGAGGCUUAAUACGAUUAGAAGGAAUGGCUGCAAAAUAUGGAGAUCCUCAAUUGUCCUUAACUAAUCCAAUAUCACAGGCUUCACAUAUAUAUCGUUCACAGAUAGAAAUAUCUGGAACACCAACAUUUCCUUUUGCAGUUGAAGGAGAUUCUGGAUCCUUUGUUUUCCAAGUCGACUCUGCAGGAGGUGAAGAUCAGCUUGUCUGCAUAGGGAUGAUUGUAGGAGGUACUUCUUACAAUACUGCCUGUGUAACGCCGAUUGAAAGUGUUCUUGGGGCACUGGAUGUAAAAAUGAACAAAUUUUCCACAGAAAAAAUGGAUGAAUCAUAAGAAAAUUAUUAUUUGAAUAAGUCCUUAUAGGACCGUAAUUUUGUGGCAAUAACAUGUUUAAUAUCUUUCAAGGAUUACUAUAUUUAAUUAUUUUGUGCAUAUAUUAUGAGACUCAUAAACAGUCUUUAUGUUAACCAUAUAACAUAUGCUUUACCAUUGUAUUGCCAUGAGAUGAAUUUGAAAAAAAAAGACUUUGUUAUGAUAUUAUGAAUCCUCUUAUGUAUGUUCCAAUAUACCAUUAUCUCUUUGGUCUUGGACUUUUUGUCUCACAGUUGAUUCGCUACAAAACAUGUUCUUCAAAAGAUUUCGUUUUAAACAAGGUGAUCUACUAAAAAACAAGGUAAUGAUACAUUUGUAUUUACAACAUUGUUUGAAAUAAACAUUUCGCAAACAUCAUGGUCUACUUUAUGGCCUUUUUCCACAAUCUGU